AUGGCUACCCCUAGUGUCCUAGCUUUUGACGCUGAGGGUCGCGCCAUUGAUUUUGAGGUCUGGUUAGACGACCUCCAGCUGUUCUUACAGUGCGACAGGGCUGAUGGCCUUUCUCUCUUUAACCUCACCUCUGGCGCCUCUCGUGCUCCUACAGCUGAUGCUGAUCCCACUUACAAGAGUGCUCAGACCUUGUACGACGCUGUCGUUGCGCGCUACUCCUCCCCUGCCACUGCUGCACUGAGCCGUCUCAUGCUUCCCUACCUCUUUCCUGACCUCUCUGCCUUUCCCACUGUCGCUGACCUCAUUACGCACCUCCGCACUAGUGACACUCGCUACCGCGCCGCCCUUCCUGCUGAGUUCUGCGCUAAGAACCCACCCCCCAUGUACAUCGCUCUCUACUACGUAGUCGCGCGCCUCCCUGACUCCCUUCGCGUCGUCAGGGACCACUUUCUCGCAGUCUGUCCCACCACCCUCACCGUCGACCUCCUCGAGAAGGCCCUCCUCGCAGCGGAGAAGAGCAUAGUCGCUGUAGGUGCUUCUCGUGGUGACCCUCGCACCCCCAUCUUUGAGGGGUGCUCUCCUUCCCCCUUGCUGCCCUCUGUUGCCUCUGCUGCUGCUGCCGACCUGCUUGGUCUUGAGUCGGUCGGCGCGGCGUCUGCCCCUAGUGGGAGACGUCGCUCCAGCAAGGGCAAGGGGGGCAAGGGCGCGGGUGGAGCUGGAGGGGGCGGUGGCGGUGGCGGCGGUGGCGGCGGAGGGAGUGGGGGUGGCGGCGGGACUAGUGGCGGGGGUGGUGGUGGUGGUGGCAGCAGCGGCGGAGACGGUGGUGGUGGUGCCAGCGGUGGUGGUGGAGGCAGCGGCGGAGGUGGAGGCGGCGGAGGUGGAGGCGGUGGAGGCGGCAGCGGAGGAGGCGGUGGUGGUGGAGGAGGUGGAGCUGGUCGGGGUGGUACCCAGCAGCGUAGCGGCGGUGGUGGUGGCCAGCGCUCGCAGCGGCAGCAGCAGCAGCGCUCGCGGGACAUCCCUCCGCCUCAGCAGCUUCGUGAGUGGUACGCUGGGCGUCAGAGGGGUGGGGGUACUGGUCCCUGCACCUACGUUCUUCGUUCCGGCGACCGCACGGCGAUCUUUGAUCUUGAUUUUGAUGCUAUCCUUGCUGCUAUGUAUGCUGUGACUUAUAGUGAGGAGAAUGAGGGUUACCGGUGUUUCCAGCCCGACCCGGGCAUUGGUACUGCUGCGCUAGGUGCUUGUGAGGCUGCUGCUCUAGGUGCCAGUGCGUCUGCGCUCUCAGGUACUGGUGAGACUGCGCUCUCAGGUACUGCGUCGUCCUCGUCCUCCCUCACUUUCACACUUGACUCCGGGGCUUCUCGCUCCUUCUUUCGAGACCGCACUACCCUUACUCCGCUCGGCCGGCCGGUUGCAGUCUCCCUUGCUGACCCCUCUGGGGGUCCUGUCCUGUCUCACUUCUCCACUGUCCUCCCGUGUCCGGCUGCCCCUUCGGGCACCCUGUCUGGUCUGUACCUUCCCUCGUUCUCUACGAAUCUGGUGAGUGGUGCAGCCCUACAGGAUGCGGGGGUUCACCAGUUCACUCCUGCGAGUCAGCGGGUGACCCACUGCACGGACGCACGCACAGGCCGACACCUGGCCACGUUCUCGCGUCGGCCGGGGUCGAGUCUCUACACCCUGACCACUUCGUCUCCUCCUGUCCCUGCGUCCGGACCUUCCUGUGUCCCCUGUGUCGAGGGUCGCCUCCGGGCUACUCCUCACUCCUCCCACUUCCCCCCGACAGAGGCUCCCCUGCAGACGCUUCACAUGGAUGUGUGGGGCCCAGCCCCCGUCCGUGGGCAGGGUCACGAGCGCUACUUCCUGUUGGUGGUUGACGACUACUCGCGUUACACCACAGUCCUCCCCUUGCGCAGCAAGGGUGCGGUCACUGAGGUGCUGAUCGACUGGAUCCGCGAGGCUCGUCUCCAGCUCAGGAAGAGCUUCGGCUCGGACUUUCCUGUUCUGCGUCUGCACUCGGAUAGAGGCGGAGAGUUCUCUUCUCGCCUUCUGCGAGACUACUGUCGUGCACGGGGGAUCCGCCAGACCUUCACGCUUCCGGACUCACCACAGCAAAAUGGGAUUGCUGAGCGCCGCAUUGGCAUGGUCAUGGAUGUCGCUCGUACGUCCAUGAUGCGUGCGGCUGCCCCCCAUUUUCUGUGGCCGUUUGCGGUGAGGUACGCGGCGCAUCAGCUCAACCUUCACCCCCGGGUCUCUCGGCCUGCGAUGUCCCCAGCCUUGCUGUGGACGGGGAAGGUUGGCGAUGCGUCUGUGUUCCGUGUCUGGGGAUCUCGGGCGUUUGUCCGCGACUUGUCUGCGGACAAGCUGUCCCCUCGUGCUGCUCCCUGUGUCUUCCUUGGCUUCCCCACUGACGCCCCAGGGUGGCAGUUUUACCACCCCUCCUCUCGUCGUGUUCUGUCCUCCCAGGACGUCACGUUCGACGAGUCAGUCCCCUUCUACCGUCUCUUCCCCUACCGCACUCCUUCCCUCCCCCCUCCCCCGGACUUCCUUGUGCCGGUUCCCCCCCCGGUAGACCCCCUCCCCCCUCAGGUUCCUGCCCCCUCAGGUGUGUCCCAGGUAGACGCCGUUGACCCGGUCGAGGUUACUGGUGACUCUGGUGCUGCUGCGGGUGCUGAGCCUGGGGGUGCUGACUCUGGGGGUGCUGUGCGCGGGGGUGCUGAGCCUGGGGGUGCUACUGCUGGGGGUGCUGGGCCUGGGGGUGCUACUGCGGAGGGUGCGGAGCCUGGGGGUGCUGAGCUGGGGGGUGCUGUGCCUGGAGGUGCUGGGUCUGGGGGUGCUGGGUCGGGAGCUGCUGAGCCUGGGGGUGCUGAGCUGGGAGCUGCUGAGCCUGGGGGUGCUGCGUCUGGAGCUGCUGAGCCUGGGGUUUCUCCUGCUGCUGCGUCUCGCCGGGAGCCCCUCUCUCCACAGGAGCUGCGCGAGUGGUUCGCUCGCCGCUGGAGGCGUGCUGCUGAGUCUGGAGGUGCUGCUGGAGCUGGAGCUGGAGCUUCUUCGACCGUCGAGGGUGCGGGUGCUGCCGGUCCCGGAGCUGCUGGACCUGCGGGUGUGGGUGGCGCUGGUGCUGUCGCUGAGGGUGCUGGUGCUGUCCCUGCUGAGUCUGGAGCUGCCGCGCGGCCUCGGCCGUACUUCGUUCCGCUCCUGCAGCAGGUUCUUGGUCUUUCUCCUCCAGUAGAGGGUCCACCGCCUGUCCAGUCGCAGUCCCUGCUGGAGCCUUCCUCUCCACUGCCUGCUCCCUCUCCUUACUCUGGUCCUACUGGAGGUCUUGCUGAGCGUCGUGAGCCUGCGUCUCGUCCCGCGUCGCCUUCGGACUCUCUUCGUGCUGCCAGUCCUACUGUCACGCGUCUGCUUGCUACUGUCGUCACUGACCCCUCUUUUGAGUCCACUGCUGCGUCUGCUCUAGUCGCUGAGCUCGUCGACUUUGCUGCUCGCUGUCGUCUCGACUACGCUGCUAGUCUUGUGGCUGAGUCUGCGUCUGUCUGUCCUCCGUCCGUCGGGGGUGAGUGUGCUCUUGGCACGGACGUCCUAGAGGACAGGCAGGAGGAGUUACAGUGUCUAGCGGCUGCUUCACCUCAUCUCGCGUCUGUACUGCUUUCCCCUGAGGGAGACCCGGAUGCACUAGACAUCCCGACUCCGCGUUCUUACGCAGAGGCCGUAGAGGGUCCCUACUCCUCUCAGUGGCAGGCAGCUAUGGAUGCAGAGAUGGCUUCCUGGAAGUCCACAGGCACCUACGUUGACGCGGUUCCCCCUCCUGGGGCGAACAUCGUCAGUGGCAUGUGGAUCUUCAGGGUGAAGCGGCCGCCGGGCUCUCCACCUGUCUUCAAGGCACGGUACGUUGCUCGUGGCUUCAGUCAGCGGCAGGGAGUUGACUACUUUCAGACCUUCUCUCCCACCCCGAAGAUGACUACUCUUCGGGUGCUGCUGCACAUAGCCGCUCAGCGCGACUACGAGCUUCACUCUCUCGACUUCAGCACUGCGUUUCUGCAGGGUAGCCUGCACGAGGAGAUCUGGCUGCGCCGUCCGCCUGGCUUCACUGGGACUUUCCCUCCUGGCACCCAGUGGAGCCUCCGACGGCCAGUCUACGGUCUCCGCCAGGCACCGCGUGAGUGGCACGACACAUUGAGGACUACGCUUGCGGCUCUUGGGUUUGCUCCUUCUACUGCUGACCCGUCGCUGUUUCUUCGCACCGACACUUCCCUGCCGCCGUUCUACAUCCUCGUGUAUGUCGACGACUUGGUCUUUGCCACAGCGGACACUGCUGGACUCGCCUACGUUAAGUCCGAGCUGCUGAAGAGACACACGUGCACAGACCUGGGUGAACUGCGCAGCUACCUUGGCUUGCAGAUCACUCGGGACAGAGCACGCCGCACCAUUACCUUGACUCAGUCACACAUGGUGCAGCAGGUCCUUCAGCGCUUCGACUUCACGUACUCCUCGCCUCAGGCCACUCCUCUGCCUACUCGCCACUCACUCUCAGCUCUGCCUUCGGAUGAGUCCGUAGAGUCGAGUGGUCCGUAUGCAGAGCUUGUUGGCUGCCUCAUGUACCUGAUGACCUGCACACGACCUGACCUUGCAUACCCUCUGAGCAUUCUUGCACGCUAUGUUGCUCCUGGGAGACACCGACCAGAGCACAUGGCAGCAGCGAAGAGGGUAUUGCGCUACCUGUGCAGUACGUCGAGCAUGGGACUAGUGCUUGGAGGGCGGAGUCCAGUGGUCCUUACAGGCCACGCGGACGCUUCUUGGGCUGACGACCAGGCUACGCAGCGGUCGUCACAGGGUUACACUUUCAGCCUUGGUUCCGGCUCUGUCUCGUGGCGGUCUACUCGCUCGUCUUCAGUUCUCGGCUCCAGUUGUGAGGCUGAGAUCUACGCCGGGGCCAUGGCUGCACAGGAGCUUCGCUGGCUCACCUACCUGCUGACUGACCUUGGAGAGCCGCCUCGUUCUCCUCCAGUGCUGUACGUAGACAACAAGGCCAUGCUGGCCUUGUGUCGAGAGCAGCGCUUGGAGCACAGAACGAAGCACAUUGCUCUCCGCUACUUCCUUGCUCGUGAGCUGCAGCAGCGUGGUCAGUUGCGACUUGCGUACGUGGCCUCUGAGGCCGACACUGCUGAUGUGUUCACCAAGGCACUCGCGCCUUGUGACCAUCAGCGCUUUUGCACCCAGCUGGGUCUUGUGCCUGUCUUGCCUCACUUGCUCUCCUCUUGA